GAUUGGCUGAAUCACGCAUCCAUUUGAAAUCCACAAAGCUGAAACAGGAACUACGGAGAAGAUUCUUUCCCUCUUUUAAGUGGUGAAUGAAGGAUGGGGAAAAAGGAUGCAAGUUCUGUCAAGUUGCCGGUCGAUCAGUACCGUAAACAGAUCGGAAAACAGGAUUACAAGAAAACCAAGCCGGCGCUGCGAGCCACUCGGCUGAAGGCGGAGGCGAAGAGGAGUGCUCCGGGAAUCAGGGACAUGAUAUUGGUCAUUGUGGCUGUCUUGGUCUUCCUGCUAGGCGUUUAUGCUUUCUUCUACCUCAACCUGAGCACUGAGCUGGAUCUGGAUGUGGACAUGGACUGAAGGACUUUUCUCACAGACGCCAUUUCAGAGGAUUCUGAAUGGCUAAACCCAUGGUGUACCAGUAGUUUCAUAGUAUUACACAUCUUUGUCCCAUUCUAUGCCUUUUAUACCAGCAGAAGCUGAACGAAGAUGAGUCUUAAAGUGCAUAGAAGCAUGAAGUUAAGAUUUUUUUUUUCCUAUGCAGUGCUUAUCCUUGAUAUCCUUUUUGAUUAUUAAUAAAGCUUCACAUGCCCCACAGCUUUGGGAUUUGAAGAACCAGCUUGUUUUCCAUUUGGAUCUUUGAGUUUUAAAGGAAUAGUUCACCCAGAAAUGAAAUUUCUGUCAUCUUUAACUCACUCUCAUGUUUUUUGAAAUGCAUUUGGCUCUCUGCAUGAAGCACAAAAGCUGUUAUUUAUAUCACAAUUUCGAGUCUGUUGUUUAUCAUACUAUCAAACACUAGAUUUUCACUGAAUAGCAACUUAAAUAUCAGUGACAAAGCUAUUAUAUGGCUUCUGGGGACUCCUGGUCCAUCUUUGUUUUCACUGAUUGAAAAAGAGCAGCUCAUUUUUUUUCUGAAGGUGAGUAAAUGAUGACAGAAUUUAAUUUUGGGUGAACUGUCUUUUCUGUUGUGUAUUAGCACAGAUAAAUUUAUUUUUAACCAAAUUGGUUGAAAUUUUAUUACAUAAUCCUUUAGAAAGAAAAAAAAAUCCCAAUCCUGUGGGAAAAAAAAUAGAUAUUUCAGAUAAAUCAGGCAGACAAGAAGGUAUAUUGCAUUCCAUAUCACAAACACUUCUUACAGAUCUAGACAUCUCAAUGCUGGAGAUCAGAGGCAAUCUGUGAUAUUGUUUGUGUGUGUAAUGCUGACAUUCUCUGUGUCGUUCCUCGUCAUUGUGCAGCUCGUUAGAAUAUCAAACACCACAAACUUCGGUUAUUGAAAGCCAAAAGAGCAUCAGUGAAGAUACCAAACAUUAGCACGUAGACCUUGAUGUGCUGUCUGCUUUUGUAUGCGUGCGUGUAUGUGACCUCUAGAGAGACGUAUAGAAACAGCACUUGAAGCAUAAUCAAUCAGCGUGAGGUGCUGUUACUUUUAGCUAGCGUGCAUCUUUUGAUCUAUCUCAGAAGAUAAAACGCAUGGCCCUGCCUUGGUCUCUGACAUCCAGUGCUUCCUUUCCACACUGCUGGGCCUGUGUGUGUGCGUUCGUGGGAGUAAGACCGAGACGUAGGGUGGAAAAUGAAAGGCUGGAGCUGAUGACAUUCAAAGUUCAUUUACAUUCUCUUUGUAUAGCGCAUUGGAUCUCGUACAAACGCACAGCAACGACUUA